UCGGAAUAACAGUGUAAAACGUGGUGCCGGGUUUUAUGUUAUUCAAAUGGAUAAUUUAAUAAAUUUGGCGUGGGUACAAUUCUCAAACGGGACAGACAAAGUGGUUCCGAUAGGAAAUAUACAAAAUUUUGUUCCUAAGAACAAAUCGGAUUUCAAUAGUGGUAGGAAAUACAAAGUGUGGUGUUUGGGGACCAAAGGGAAAGAAGAUAAUUUGCUAAACGGAUUCAUCCUUUUAUUAGGCUCGGAUAACGAUGAUAUUGACCAUCAGAAAAGUCAAAAGCGGGUUAAAUUUCCGAAUAAAAGAAGAAUGAGUUUAAACAAUUCCAUGGUAAAAACUACGGAAACGAAAAAGGCUAAAAAGGAGUCUAAAAUAAUGAAUAGUAGUACAACUAUUACCACGGAAAUACUUCAAAAAGCUCAUGAAAUCAUUCAUCGUUUAGAUGACACUAUUGAUAAUGUAUAUAACGAGAAGGAUUAUGCUGAGAAUGACAAUGAGGAAGAUAAUUUCUUUGUGGAUGCCCUUGAGGAUAACGAUUGGUUUUUCGAUGCUGAAGAUGAGAGCAGCAUAAAUGAAACAUUUUUUUCAUCGCAACAAAAAUACUCUACACUUGACGAAAUGAUAAAUGCACCUGAAUUCAAUACCCCAGCGAGUGCAACAGUCAAUAAGUCUAUCGGUGAAAUUAUUCUAAUAAUUAUCAAAUAUGCUCUUGUCCAUUCGUUAUCAUUCACUGCUACUUUUAAUUUAUUCCGUCUUAUUAAUUCUAUAUUCGAAUUACCAAUUUGGCCAAAUACGAAAUACUUAUUAGAUAAAUUGUUUUGUCCUAAAAAAUGGAUAACUUUUCAUGCCAAUUGUACUCAAUGUAGUGAAUAUAUCGGUGCUUAUGAAACCCGAAAAACUCAACAUGUUCGAUGUGAAAAGUGCCAAAUUUCAAUUAAUGUCAAAGAUUAUGGUUACAACAAUUUUUUUAUCACAAUGGACCCUUCUUUUCCGAUUUCGCAAUUAUUAGAGACGAAUUCAGACUAUUAUAAUUUUGUAGUUAAAGAAAGAAAGGGAAAAGAAAAUUGUUUUAACGACAUUUAUGACGGUAAGCUUUACCGCAAAUUUGUUGACUCAUUAAGUGAAAAUGACAAACAAAUCUUGCAACCAAAGGAAUUAAAUGUAUUCUUGACGGUGUCGAAAGUAUAAUCAAAAUUUUUUCUUUAGUUUGCUGCGUCGAUGCAGCUGCACGAGCCCCAGUGCAAGGUUUCAAAAAGUUCAAUGGUAAAUAUGGUUGUAGUCAGUGCCUUCAUCCAGGAAAGUGGAUUAGGAAAUCCAAAAAUUCAUGUCAAGGUUGCAUUAAAUUUCCUUUGUUAAAUAAUGUUCCAAAAGAUAGAACUCUUUCUGAUACUAAGAAGCAUGUAGAAACAGCUACAGAAAAAAACCAGUUUUUGGUGUAAAAACGCGGUCUCCUUUAUUGGAUUUAAUGAUUUUCGAUUUAAUUCGCGGUUGCGUACCUGAUAGCAUGCACCUAGUAUCUAGGAUUGCAAAACAAAUUUCUAAUAUGUUGUUUGGAACUAAACAAAAAGUAGGUUUAAUCUCACGUAAGACUUUAAGUAAUAUUGAUUUAUUUUUGAGUAACAUAAAAUCCCCUCAUUAAGUCGGGCGAUUGUCUCGUCGAUUCUCUGAAAGAGAAUAUUGGAAAGCGAGAGAGUGGGAGAACUGGACUCUAUUUUAUAGUUUCCCAAUUUUUAAAAAUUAUUGCCAAAAGAUUAUGUUGAUCACUGGGCCCUGUUUGUUGAAGCCAUAUACAUUUUGAUGCUGGAAGAAAUAUCACUUUUUGAACUUAAUUUAGCUGAUGAAAUGUUAUAUCAAUUUGUAGCUAGAACAGAAAGAUUGUAUUCUAAAUGGGCAAUGACCUUUAAUAUUCAUUCGCUUUUACAUUUGGCGCGAAGUGUAUAUAAUUGGGGACCAAUAUGGGCUCAUAAUGCAUAUGUGACAGUCCCCGAGAGAAGGGACCUUAGCUCACCAAAACGAAUUUCACAGGGCAAGCGUUUGAAGAAGAAGCAGAAACGCGGAACUCGAAGAGUGGGGCGGAACUUCUGAAAAGUUCCCCCACCACACUAACACAACGUUGUGUUUCUGUAUACGUGAGCUUCGUCUACUUCGUGUAUCUUCGGGUCUCACGUACGCGAAGCUCACGUACGCGAGAGUAUAGUUGUGUAAGUAAAGUAGUGGGACUGAUUUCUUGAGUGCCACAAUCCGCCUCGAAAUGCGCUUGACAUACCCAUCUUCAAAAUGUUAUUGUGUCAAAAGCAAUUAUCCUAAUCAGUUUUUGCCUUUGCAUGUGAAAAAGCAAUUCAAAAUCUAUCAUUUACCAUAUAAAACUCAAUAUUGACCUCUGGUGAGCUAAGGUCCCUUCUCUCGAGGACUGUCACAUAUGCAUUUGAGUCAGAAAAUGGAAAAUUUUUGUGAUCCACUCAUUCAGCAAACGGAAUACACCACCAAAUAUGCCGCAGAAUAAGCUUACAGUAUUCUAUGAUUAUGUUAAAAAAACGAGUAGAAACAUCCUUUUCCAUUAGACACUUUUAUACAACUGUUGGUAGUAAUGUGGCAGCAAAAACGCUUCAACUUUCUUUACACAGAUAUUUUGGUUCUCCUUCUACAGUGAGUACAUUGUGGAUACAAAGAUUAAAUCUUUCUGCCGAAAAUACAGUCUCAUAUGUACGAAUGGUGAAAAAUGGUUGUUUGUUUAUGUCAUCGACAAAAAAUAAUCGACGUUCUAACAAUACUUAUGCUUUGUUGGAUAAUGACUUAUAUGUAAAAAUAAAUUGUUUUGUUGUUGACAGAUUCAACAAAUCAGAAUAUGCAAUUGUUCAAAAGUUAGACACAGCAAAUACUUUCAGCAAUUCAUGUAAAAUGUUGAAGAAAGUUGAAAAGUUUGGUGAUGAAUGUGCUGUGUUGACAAGUUCAUUAAAAACAAUUUUC